AUGGGUCAAUCAACUUUUAAUGUUGCAUUUUUAGCAAAUAAUAGAGUUGACCCAUUUUUAUUUGAUGCAAGAUUAACAGAAAUUGGUGAAGGUCAAGCAAGUGCAUUGGCAGAUAAUGCAGAAAUUCAUCUACAAAAUAUUCAAGUCGUAAUUACAACACCAAUGACAAGAGCUUUGGAUACUACCAGAAGAGGAUUAAGCAAGCUAAUUAAAAAUAAAGGGAUUAAUUGUGUUGUAUGUCCUUUGCAUAGAGAAACAUUGACUACAAGUGAUGACAACGGUAGACCAAUAUCAAUUGUUAAAACAGAGUUCCCAGAGUUUGACUUUAGCACUAUUGAAGAGCGUUGGUGGUAUCUUCCUGAAGAGAUUAAAUCAGACUUUACCAUUGACCAUGAAGAGUACUUUAAAAAGAGUCCAUUCAAAGAACCAGAGGAAGUAAUUGCUAAAAGAGUCCAAGAUUUUAAAGAAUACCUUCUAAGUAGACCAGAAUCCCAUAUUGCUGUUGUUGGCCACUGUGACUUUUUCUAUCAUUUAUUAGACAAAAAGCAUCCACACAUGAAAAAUUGUCAAAUUAUCAAAUUUAUGAUUGAAACUGGUGAAGUAACUUAUUUAACCUAA